AUGGAAUCAAAUAAUAUUGCACAAGUUUUGUAUGCAACAGUAGACCCAAAUAUAGAUAUUCGAUCUGAAGCAGAAUCAAAAUUAAAACAUGCUAAAGAAACUAAUUUUGUUCAAUACAUAAAUCAGUUAUCUAAUGAAUUUUGUAAAAGCCAAAAUGAUCCUUAUUUAAGACAAAUUGCUGGAUUGUUAAUAAAAAAUGCAUUUACAGCUAAAGACAAUUUUGAAAGUGAAGAAAGAGCAAGAACUUGGAUAAAUUUUCCAGAAGAAAUAAAAAAUGAAUUAAAAAAUUCAUUAUUACUUUUAUUAAGUCAACCAUGUGAUAAAAUAGUUAUAGGUACAGCUUGUCAAAUUAUUUCUAUUAUAACAAAAAUAGAAUUAUCUCAUAAUAAAUCAUCUGAACUGUUACAUAAAUUAGUAAAUAAUAUAAUAGAAAAAAAUGCAUACACAAAAAAAUCUUCAACAGUAUGUUUAGCUUAUUUGACAGAAGAUAUUGCAGACAUAUGCAAUGAAAGCAAAACAAAAUAUGUAUUUACCCAACCAGAUUUAGAUUUAAUAUUAACUGCUAUCAUCAAUUCUCUAUGUGAACCAGCAGAAGAAUCAAUACAUUGUGCAAAUAUGAAAGUCCUAUACAACUUAAUGUCAUUUAUUGAUCAAAAUUUUAAAACACAAGUCGAAAGAGAUAUAAUUAUGAAGACAGUAAUUGAUGGAUGUAAAGAUACAGAAAGAUUAAGUGUACAAAUAGCAGCAUAUGAGUGCUUAAUAAAUAUAGUUAGUUAUUUUUAUUCAUAUUUAGAUGCUUAUAUGUAUGCUAUAGGUCCAUUAACAUGGACUGCUAUUGAAUCAGAUAAUGAAAGAAUAGCAAUAAGUGCAAUCGAGUUUUGGAAUACAGUUUGUGAAGAAGAAACUUUUAUAAAUCAAUAUGAAUUACAUGAAGGAAAAAAAAAUCAUAACAUAGUUAAACAGGCAAUGGUUUUUUUGUUACCAAAAAUAUUCAAUGCAAUGAUUACACAAGAGAGUGAAGAUAUAGAUAUUGAUGCAUGGACUUUAUCCAUGGCUUCUGCAACUUUUCUUGCCUUAAGUGCACAAUUAUUAAAAAAUGAUAUAGUAGAACCAGUUAUUUCUUUUGUUGAAGAAAAUUUCAUACAUGAAGAUUGGAGAAGAAGAGAAGCUGCUGUUCUGGCUUAUGGAUCUAUAAUGGAAGGACCAGAUACUGAAAAAUUAAAACCAUUGGUAGAGGAAUCUGUUGGUCAAUUGUCAGAAGUAUUGAGAGAUCCUUCUGUUUCAGUUCGAGAUACUGCAGCUUGGACUAUUGGAAAAAUUACUACUUUUCAUUCUGAAAUAAUUUAUAAUGUUUUAGGUAAUUAUAACGAUAGUAAUUCUCUUUAUGGUAUAUUAUUAGAAAGACUAAAUGAUUACCCAAGAGUAGCAGCAAAUGUAUGUUGGGUUAUUAAUCAACUAGCUGUAAAUAAAAAAAGCUCCUUUGAUAAAAUAACUAAUAGUUAUAUAACUCAUUUAGAUGAUUCUUUUUGUGUUUUAUGCAAAAAAUUAAUAGACGUAACUUCAAGAGAAGAUGCGGAUACAAGAAAUUUAAGAGAAGCUGCUUUUAAUGCACUCAAUGUUGUUAUUCUAAAUGUUUCUGAUAACUGCUUAAAAUAUAUGAUUGAGCUAUUAUCACAUAUGAUGUAUUUAUUAACGAAUACUUAUAUUAAUCCACUAACAGAAGAAGUUAAAUCUUUGCAGGGUUAUUACUGUGGUACUAUGCAAUUUAUUAUUAACAGGCUUGGUAGUCAAUGCAAGCCUUUUCUUAAACCUAUUUAUUUGAGUAUAUUUCGAUUAUUUGAAAUUAGAAAUGAUAUAUGUGAAGAUGCACUAUUGGCAUGUAGUGCAAUUAUUAAUGUAAUGGGAGAAGACUUUAGAGAACAUUUAAAAACAUUUUUAAAUGUUAUAUUUAAGGGAUUAAGGAAUGUAUCUGAAACAUCUACAUGUAAGAUAUGCAUAGAAAUGGUAUCAGAUAUAUGUAUACCAUGGACCGUAGAAUUUGAAAAGGAAAUGGAAUUGAUUUUAGAAUGCUUAUGGGAUGCAUUAAAAACAUUCGGAGUUCACGAUUCUAUAAAAAUUAGUAUAUUAACUGUAUUGGGAGAUAUUGCUACUGCAUUAAAUAGAUGUUUUUCAAGAUAUCUUAAUUUUUUUGCUAACAUUUUAACUGAAACUUCUAAAAUUACAAUUAGUUCAGGGCCACCCGAAAGUGACGAUUGGGUAAAUUAUGUUUUUGAACUUAGAGACGCAAUUUUAUUAACAUAUAGCAAUAUUAUAUAUGCAUUAAUUGAUGGAAAUGAAAUAGCAAAACUAAAAACUUAUAUACCUAAUAUAUUAGAUUUAAUUGAAUUAAUAUUGGUUAAAGAAAUAAAUCACUUCAAUGCUCAAAAUUUUCAAAAUGCAGUUUCUUUAUUGGGCGAUUUAGUUCAUGCAUAUGGUUAUGAAUUAAUCGAAAAUUCUAAGUUAACUGAUUUAAUUAUAUCAGUUUAUGGAAAGAUUGAUAUUUUAUCUAGUCAAGGAGAUGAAAAAUGUGAAUCAUGCGUUUUAAAAAUUAAGUGGCUAAAAAGAAUAUGCAAUGCUAGAUUAGCUCAGAAAUAA